AUGAAGCGUAAUCGAUUUGUCUCAUCAUCACGUCGUAAAGCUCGUAAGCGUUAUUUUACUGCACCAUCACAUGUUCGACGUCGUUUAAUGAGUGCGCCAUUGAAUAAGGAAUUGAGAAGACGUUAUAAUGUUCGAAGUAUACCUCUUCGUAAAGAUGAUGAAGUAGCAAUUACACGUGGUCAUUUUAAAGGUCAACCGUCGGGUAAAGUAACACAAGUUUAUCGAAAAAAAUUUGUUGUUCAUAUCGAACGAAUUACACGUGAAAAAGCUAAUGGCAAUGUUCAAAUAACAAAAUUGAAAUUAGAUCGUGAUCGUCGACGUAUCUUAGAACGUCGUGCUAAAUCGAAAGUGGGUGCUAAAGGCAAACAUACUGAAGAAAGUAUUCAGCAAACAUCAACCACUGCACCUAUGGAAACAUCGUCAUAA